AUGGGGUCGGCCGUUAAUGGUAAACCUACCAACGGCAGCGUCGUGAAGGUGAAAUCAGAACCCAACGGUCACCCCGUGGGAGGCCUCUCAAAUGGCAUAGGGAGCUCUUUAUCUACGAUCAAAAGAGCAAAGCCGCCUACAAGGAGUUGGACAGGAUGGCUCACAAGCAACGUCGCCAGACUCGCCGUCUGGUACACCAUCAUAACCGUCCUCUUUCGAUGUCCAUCCGACACGGGACUCAUCGAAGACACAACUCCUCGAGUAUGCCAGUCCUAUCUGACGACCCGAGACUACGUCCAGCCAUAUCUGCAGCCGUACUACGAUACAUAUGCUAGUCCUUACGUCGAGAAGGUCCGCCCAUAUACAGAUCAGAUCCAUGGCAGAGUCAUCGUGCCAGCAGCGGCCGUGAGCAAGAGCAAUUACCAAAAAUUCGCCGCUCCCCAGAUCGAUAAAGCGAGGCAGGCUGGAGCUGAUCAAUGGCAAAGGUCUGUUGUACCACAGAUCCAAGUCGCCCAGGCACACGCCGCCAAAUUGUAUGAUGCGAAUAUUGCACCACAAGUAGGCAAGGUGACCUCUUUGACGAGUCCCUACUAUAAGCAGGCUAAGGAUGCAACUGGAUCAGUCUACAGGGAAAGUCUCCUACCGGCCCUGACUCUAGCACAGCCAUAUGCACAGAAGGGGUUCGCAAGUACGCAGGAAUUCUUGACGGGCACAGCUUAUCCUGCCGCUCGCCACAGCUGGUCAACCACCGUCAUCUUUGUCGACGGAACAUUGUGGCCCUUUCUGAAGGGACUCUACAGCGACAAUGUUCGACCACAACUUGUCAUGAUCAGCGACCGUAUCGCAAAGUAUCAGGAGAGCCGCAAGUUGCAAGCCAUCAUCGAUAAUGCGGAGGUUACAUCCGAAACCAGCUCAUCCUUUGCUGAUACGACCACAGCUGCCACGAAAUCUGCUGCCAGUGCCACGGCCAGUGCCAGUGUCUCAGCGACGGAUUCAGACUACGACAAAAUCUUCCAAGACGAAGAAGAGCCUGCCCCAGAGGUCAAAGCCCCUGCACCCCAGCGACCGAAGCCUGAGCAGGCAGAUAGCGAGAAGAUGGCAGAAGAAUUGCGCACCUGGCAGACCAAGUUCGCCAUGGCUGCCGACAAAGGAACUGACGAUCUUCGGGAGCGUGCUGGCGAGCUGGCGGCGGACAUUGCCAAGACUGACAUCGAAGGCCUCGGCAGAGGUCUGGAAACCGCUUUGCAGAAGACUAUCGAGAACGAGCUGGACACUGUCAGGUCCAAAAUUAUUGCUGCGGUGUCGACUUUGCCAGAUGAGGAAAGUUCAGAGGCUGAGAAGGCUGCUGCGGAAGACGUUGUCAAAACUAUACGCGCGUCUGGACUCGAAAUCAAGACAAGGGCACAGAAGGUUCGCAGCUGGGCUGAGAAAUUUGAGAACGACAUCAACCUUCGCAUUCACAAAGCGGCUAUCACCACACUCGAGGUGCUCGAUGAUAUUCGUGAUCUAGGUCUUCAGGAAAUCGGCAUGCGCUGGGCAUGGAUGGACGGUGUGACAUACAAACACUGGGCAAAGUUUCAUGAGCUUAAGAAGCAACUCAACGAGUGGCGUGACGAGGUCAAAGCUGUUGCUCUCGAUCACCCAGAAGCUACUCAGGCCAAGGCAACUGCUCGGCAAAUCCUCGAAGAGUGCAUGGCCCUGACUGAGGAUGCAGCGAAAGAACUUGUCAAGUUGAAAGAAGUCGCCAAGUGGAAGAUCAGAGCGCAUGACUCCACCGACGACUUCGAGCUCCGUGCUAUGCCUGCAGCAGCCGCAAGUGUGGCUGCUGAGUUCUCUGCCUCGAGCGCAAGCUUGUUCGGUGAUGCCAAGGAAACUGUUGCCUCUGCGGCAUCGGGUGUUAGCAGUGCAGCUGGCGAAGCGGUAUCCUCGGCAUCUAGUGUCCUUGACCCUGUCACUGGCUACCUUGAUUCUUUGGUCGGAGAUGCAACCACAGGGGUGCAAAGCGUUGUCUCGAGUGCGUCAUCAGUCGUUGCGGGCGAACCAAGCUACAGCUACGCGGGCUCAAUCCGCGAGCAGAUCCAAGAUCUCAUCGACGAAGCUUACGAAGGCAUCUCCGAAACUGUCGUGGAGCUAGGCACUGCCACCGAGACUGUCAGUCUUGGUCUCGCUUCCAGCGCCUCUUCUGCUGCUUCAGCAGGCUUCGAGAGUGCUUCAUCCGUGGUUCUUGGCACAGUUGGACCUGCAGAAGCUGCGAAGCUCAGCGCUUCGUCUGUCAUCCUGGGCUCACCAGGACCGGCAGAACAUGCUACCGCGUCUGCAUCAUCUAUUGCCUCGGACGCCGGAGAAGCGGCACAGGAUGCAGCGUCGAAGGCUUCCUCGAUCAUUCUCGGUACCACUGGCACAGGAGAGCAGAUUGUCAUGGCUGCGUCAUCUGUUGCCUCGGACGCGGGAGAAGCUGUGCAGAACGCAGCUUCCAGUGCAUCGUCAAUUGCCUCAGAGGCAUCCUCGGACGCAGUCUCGAGUGCAUCCUCAGUUGCCUCCAAGGGUUCCUCCUUCAUUCCUGGCGCUAUGGCCCAGGAUGCCCCCAAAGCGCAAUUUCCAAUCUUCGAUGAUUUCUUUGAUGAUAGCGAAACCGAUUCGUACUCACAAAAGCUACAAGACAUGGUCAAUGGGGCCGGAGAUCAAUAUGCUUCGCUCACUUCUGCCGUCUCUGAAGCCAUUUAUGGCACAACACAAGGUUCAGUGGAGAGCGUCACUUCUGUGGCUGCUGCUCAGUACUCACAGGCGCUAGCAGCGGCGUCCAGUGUACUCUUCCCGCCGCCGCAAGGUACUGUUGAGAGUGUCGCUAGUGCGCUCACGGAUCGGUAUAAUGAGGCAGUCGCAGCAGCGCGUUCAGCAUUCGUCCCGAGCCCGACGCCAACCUUAGAAGCGAUGCUGUCUUCAAUGGUUGCACGUGCUAGUGGCGCCUAUGAUAGCGCCGUCAGUGGUGCGAAGGCGCGAUAUGAAGAAGGCAUGUCGAUCGCCUCUGACCAGGUCAUCGGCACAACAAAGCCAGUUCACGAAAAGAUGUUCGCUGCUAUCCAGUCCGCGUGGGAUGGAGCAUCAACAGAGGCCGCCUCGAGGCGUGAUGAGGCCCUGUCUGCCGCUUCCAGCCACUACUCAUCUCUUAGCAAAGCAGUGUACUCAACGCAGGGCCCGAUGGCAUCAAUUUCGGCUGUCGCAGCUUCUCGGCUCUCCGAAGCUCUCUCUUUAGCCUCAGAUCAGUACUCUUCUGCUAAGGCAGCUGUUGGUGCUACACCUACUCCGGCUCAUCAGCAGUAUCUCAAUUCUGCACGCCGAAGCUACUACGAGGCCAUUGGUUACGCAUACGAACAACAGCAGAAUUUCGUGGCGGGAGCAUCUGGAGCCCUCUAUGGCACACCUGCGCCUGCGUAUCAACGUGCAUUCGACGCAGCGACUUCACAGUAUGCAGUCGCUACAGCUGCAGCAUCCGAGACUAUGGCUUCUUUAUUGGCCGCAGCAACCUCUGCAGCGUCUUCCGUAGCGGGAGUCUCGAGCAAGUCACCCGCUCAGAGUGUCCUAGAUGAGAUCCAGUCACAGUAUGAUGCAGCUGUUUCGGCAGCGUCGUCAUCACUGCACGGCGCUACGGGCUCGGUCAGUAAUAUUGCGGUCGACAAUUGGGCGGCUCUGGUUUCUAAAGCGAGCACCCAGGUUUACGGCACUCCAAAGCCGUUUUACGAAGAGUAUGCAUCAUCCGCAGAUGAGUACUACCAAUCAGCUCUCACCCAGGCCGGAGGCGCGUAUGAAAGUGCAGCAUCCUCCGUGGGCGAGUAUGCUUCGCAGAUCACCAAUAUCGCAGGCGAUCAAUACUCUGCCGUGCAAGCCUACGUCUCGGAACUCAUUGUAGGUAAGGAGCCAGAUUUCACUGAAUCUGUCUACAACCGCCUUCAGUCUGUGUACUAUACUGGUCUCGCAGCCGUGCCGUCACAGGCCUCGAGCCUGGCCAGCGAGGCUUACGCAUCCGGCGCAUCGGUCGCAAGUGGGGUGACUGGAGCGGUGUCAAGCUUCUUCCAGCCGCCGCCAGCCUAUACCGCUGCUCUGGACGGCUUCACGAGCAGCUUGGACUCCGCCGUCAGUGCUGCAAGUAUUGCGGCAAGUGAGGCAAUCUACGGCACACAAGCAGGCUAUGCUGAGCAGGCGACGAAAGCGUUCGGUGAUGCUGCGAGCAGUGCCCAGGACGCUAUUAGCAUCGCGUUGUAUGGUAAGCCAACUGGCACUGUGGAAAGCAUAGUCAGUGCUGCCGGAGACGCCGUAGCGGGCGCCACAUCAGUUGUCGGUGAUACGAUCGAAGCCGCUCAGUCCGUGGUCGGCUCUGUUGCAGGAGAUGUUGGUGCCAAGGUUAGCGAGCUCAUCUACGGGCCAGAACAAGGCGCACUGGAGAGCGGUAGCUCUGCCAUUUCAGCAGCACUCGAAAGUGCAAAGAGUAGGAUCGCAGCCAUGGCUAGCAAUGCUGCCGAAGGUGGUUCAGGAGUCUACGAGGCCGUGGCAAGCUCUCUUGACGAGGCUGCGAGUGCAGUGAGCAGUACCGUGGCGGCUGCGACCGACAAGGUCAAGGACGAACUAUGA